GUGUCAUGCUCUGUCAUUGUCUGCCUGUUCCAGUCCUGGAUAUAGCGCGGGCGAGCGCACUUUCAAAUGAGAAUUCAGCAAAGGCGAGCACUUGAGUCGGAGCAGUGGCGGCUGCUUGUAUUUGAGGGUGUUCUCACUCGAGUUAAGAGACAUUCUUCGCUGUGAAAGCUACAGGAAACAGCGAACGUGCGUAAACCCACAAUAAGGAUUCCGCUUGACUAUUAGAGGACUGAAACGUUGCCGUUUCCCCAACUUUUAAAGGGACGACGAGAAUCUUGAGGUGCACAAGGCAGGUUCAGACAUCGCCAUGAGUUCAGAGGCUGAAGGCACUGAAUCCCAGACAAUUGUGAAUGGGCUUCCAACAAACCAGCAGCAGCAGGAUCAAGCAACCGAGGCCUGGGUCCCCCCGCAAGCUGUCUCCGCGGUGAAAAUUCACCCGGUGAAGAAACUGAAAAGUUAUCCCAGCACACUGCUACCAACAGAAACAGACCCAUCAAAGAUCAGUGUGGGCAAAGGCUCGGUGACUAUGCGAAUAACCUCUGCAUGUGUGGAACCUCCAGAAGCUGAGACGCCACCGAAUGAAGAUUCCCGACAAUCAAUCAGCCCUGAGCUGCCAAGUUUAAAGACAGACGCAGAUAGUUGGAUGCCACCUUCAGCUGGCGAUGCAAAUGGAGAUGCCACCUCAUCAUCGCUGGCAGCUAAAGGAUUUCGCAGUGUGCGCCCACAUCUGCCAACAGAGUACAAACCACAACUUCAGCCACCUCCUAUCCCCCCACCCCCUAAGGAAGAGAGCUUUGCAUGGCGCCCACCGAACAAGGUUAAGCCCUCUUACUUUGCGCCGGUACCUAUUCUGGAAUAUGUCCCUAUUAGACCAGACCAGCCGCCUGCACUGAAACGUUCAGCACUGCCUAGCGUUUGCAUUGGGGAUCCCUCUUCCACAGGCUCUGAUGCCAAAUCUAAGUUAGCCAUUUGCUCAGCCACAGUAACGCUGCAUGUUGGCCAGACUGUUGCUCACGGCAAUCCGUCACCACAGGACUGGGUAUCAGAAUCUGAAGCUAGCCUCCAGUCUGCCAGUUGGGGUCCUGCCCCUGCUGCCAGAGGGUCUGUCCAGGGGAGAAAGGUCAGCAAUCUGUACGUACCCUGUUUGUCCAGAAGCGCACGUUCUCACUCGUCCAGGGACACCACCCACGAUGCACCUGAGGAAGCAGAUACACCCUCUGCACCGGCCACCGGAGCUCAGCUGCUUAUGACAGCCACUGCUGGUUCUCCCCCAUUGGUUCCCUACAAACCUUCGCUUCAGGUUUUCUUGCCUAAGGUCGAGAUUGACGGUGUCCAGACUAAUGACUCACUCUCAGAGCCUGGAUUGCAGCCCAGGAACUCAGCGCUGGAUCAGGAGCAGGCGUCCGGCAUGAACAGUCUGAGACCCAACAAACAGGCAGCUCCCAUCACCCACCAGAUUGCCCCUCAAAGGGGUGACAUCUCCAGUGCGGAUGUGUCUGCUGGCAUUGCCCAGCCUGAGGUGAUAGCCUCAUCCAGCGGCCUUCCCGCUCAGGCAGUUUGUGAGAGGGAGGAAAGUGUGUGCACGGCCUGCGUUUCAGCUGAACCAGCCUCGUCAUCCCUGCCAUCUCAUCCUACCACUGCACCUCUGACCCUGCCAACACUCGACGACUUCAUCCCCCCUCACCUGCAGAAAGGAGUCUCCCAUGCUGUGUGUACCUCCUCUUCCACCGUCCCCAUUAACCCACCAGCGUCAUUGCUGCUAUCGCCCACCACCAAGCUGCACAGUGGCCCGGAUUCCCAACUCACUGGACAUCCCCCACGCACAGAUGUGCAGUCCACAGUAAGUGAAGGAGAGUUGCCUUGUGCGAGUCUGGAGUCACAUGCUGGCCUUGCCUCAUCUAGCAGGCUUUCGGCCUACCCAUCCACCACCUUCGUGAAUCCUACUAUCGUUCUGCUUCAGCACAACCGAGAACAGCAGAAACGUUUGAACAGCUUGUCAGAUUCUGUGCCAGAAACAGUAACUGAUCAUAAAACGCAAGUUGCAGCUUCAGUCGGAAGUGUUCCUCCUGUGCACACAGCAGCAGCGAUGGAUAAUAAAUGGCAGAAAGUCACCCAGGUGCCUCAAUCCUCCUUCAUAGCGCCUGAAGACCUGGGUAUCAAGAAUGUCGAGAGGCCCAAAGAUUGGUACAAGACCAUGUUCAAGCAGAUUCACAAAGUCAGCAAAGACACUCCUGAGGAAAAUCCGUAUCACCCUACAUACAGCUUUCCUGAGCUUCCUGAAUGCCAGCAGAAAAGAGAAGAAACAGUCACUUACACCCCAACCUAUGUCUUCUCCGAGAUUGCUCAGAGAGAAUUUCUCAAAGCAGAUGAUGAUGUGGAGUACUACUCCCCACGGUACCAUUAUUCUGAAGACAUGAAAGGUCAGACAGUUGUGCCUCGUUCCAAAAGCGCAGGAGACACUAUUGACUUGGAGAUGACUGAGCGGAGAUCAGCGACUCUGCCUCUACCCACUCGGUCAUCAUCAUUGAAGCCCCUCUCUGAAAGGAACGACUGGGGACCUCUAGACAAAAAAGUAGACACAAGGAGGUAUCGUGCUGAACCAAGGAGCAUUUUUGAUUAUGAACCUGGAAAGUCUUCUGUGCUCGCUCAUGAGAAAACGAAGACAGAAGAAAAGAUUGAGAAAGACCCUACGCAGGCUUUGACCCAGAAUAGAACCAUUGGCUACACAACUGAUCAGGUUCAGAGUGAAAAUCUGUCAAAUCGUCACGAAGAGGAGACAGGGCGAGAUAAGCGGGGCGUAAGUCCGGAAGAAAUAGAUUUAACGAAUGAACCUUGGUAUAGAUUCUUUUCGGAGCUGGAGUUUGGCAAGCCGCCUCCAAAAAAGAUUUGGGAAUAUACGCCGGGAGAAUGCUCUAUUCUUUCUGUAGAGAAUAGAAAGGAUCAGCUAGAGAAAGAUCUCUAUCUCUACCAGGCUGAGCUAGACACAGACUUAGAAAAAAUGGAGAAGCUUUUUAGAAGCCACGACACCCAAUUUUGCAAGAAUGCAGCGCUGAAUUCUCCCUUGGAAAUUCCAUCUGAGUGCUCAAAUUAUUCCACAUUUUUGUCCAAUUCCCAUGCAGUGAGAAGACAGUCAGAGGCUGGCACAGGGGAGCCAGUCAGCCAGGAGAACGAGAGGCUAAUCUACAAGACCGUUCUGGAAGGGGGCGAUAUUCCAUUCCAGGGGUUGAGCGGCUUGAGCAAGAGGACGUCCAGCUCCUCUUCAACCAAAGUAGAGUCAGACUCUCCAAAGCUGUCUGUUCCAAUCGAACGCAUGGAGACCCCUGAGGAAAUGUGUCGCCGUCGGCAAGAGGACAAGGAGAGACUAUUAGAAGAGCAGAGACGGCUUAGACGGGAACAAGAGGAAGCAGAUAUUGCAGCCAGGAGGCACACAGGAAUCGCUCUUACACAUCACCAAUUUAUCACUAAUGACAGAUUUGGGGACCUCCUUGACAUAGAUGAGGCAGCCAGGAGGAGAUCUGGGUCAGAGAUGUCACCAGCCAGAGCCAAGUUUGACUUCAAGGCGCAGUCUCUGAAGGAGCUGCCGUUUCAGAAGGGAGACAUCGUCUACAUCUAUAGACAGAUAGAUCAGAACUGGUAUGAGGGCGAGCACCAUGGGAGAGUUGGUAUCUUUCCCAGGUCGUACGUUGAGCUUUUGCCGCCAACGGAAAGAGCCCAACCCAAAAAAGCGCCCCCACUUCAGGUGCUGGAAUAUGGUGAGGCUGUGGCUCGUUUCAACUUCAGUGGUGACACCCACGUGGAGAUGUCUUUCAGGAAGGGCGAGCGAAUCACACUCGUAAGAAGAGUUGAUGAAAACUGGUAUGAGGGUAAAAUCUCGGGCACCAACCGCCAGGGCAUUUUCCCUGUCACGUAUGUGGAUGUGAUUAAGAGACCGAGGGUAAAGAAUGCAAUCGAUUACCCUGAUCCCCCUGGAUCUUAUUCUUCCAAUCGCAGCUCAACGAGCUCCCCACAGCCAAACUCGAGAAAUGAUAGUGGGCUCGGAGGAAGAUAUGCCAGGAGUCCGAUUGUCUUGUCUGAUUCUCCAGUUAAUACCCUGAGCUCAGGCUCUCUUGUGCCUUCUCAUCACUCAUUGCGAGGACCAGAUCUCACAGAGUCUGAAAAGAGCUACGUGCAACCUCGGGGACAGCAGCAAGGGACGAGCCCGGAGCGGAAACUGGCUGCGACUGCCCUCUUCCAAGCGUUGUACAGCUACGUCCCGCAGAACGAAGAUGAGCUGGAACUUCGCGAAGGGGACAUUGUGGAUGUGAUGGAAAAGUGUGAUGAUGGCUGGUUUGUUGGAACAUCCAGAAGAUCUAAACAGUUUGGUACCUUCCCAGGCAACUAUGUCAAACCACUGAAUUUGUAGAGCUAGGGGCCGUGGUGGACUUUUGAUGAAUAAACAGCUCUUGUCCUCCAAUUCAACCCUGACACUGGUAGAGGGUCCAUGAGCUUUUGAUUGGAUUGAACAGUCUGUAACUUGGCCUAAACAUUCUGCUUACAACAUGGUGUCUUUCCUUUCACUGACCAAGGAGCACGCUAAGCACGAGAGAGAGUGUGAGUGGUAUGUGAGCAUAAGGUGUGAGAUUGCUGUUGCAUCGAUCGCAUUGACCCAGGGAAUGGACAACGACUGGAUCUGUUGAAAAGGGGAAGACAACUGCCCAUGGUAGCUUAAAGUUGGACUCUCUUUUCUACACGGUACUUGGGCAUACGGUCUGGAUGAGACACAGAACAGGAAGCUUGAGGACAGCGGAGUUUCUGAUAGGGAUUGGGCGCAAGAUUCAGAGACGGGCCAGCUGUUGUGCUAGGUCUGAGUUUUCACAAUGUGGAGAAUAGAAUGGGACUCUAAAAUGCAGAAGAAUUUCUAGCCAUGGGUAACCCUUUACUGCUUGACCCAGUGCAUGUUCUCUGAACCGUCACCUGUCACAUCUCAUUUCUCUACUGUGGGUUUCGAAUUAUUUUAUUGGAAAUGGAACACAGGUAAAACAUGCACCACAUCCUCCAGAUGAGGAAAUGUCACUCCCAGUUUGGCAAAGGUCUCGCAGCUAUUCUUUUUUGGGCUAAUGCUUUUAUAGAGCGGGUUUCUUUAACACUUGUUAAUAGUCAGUAACAUCCACUUAGGUCUGCAACACUUGUAGUAUUCUUCAGCCACACAACCAGUAAAUAUAUAAUAAAAAAAAAGCACACCUUUCCCAAGAGGGGAUCAACCCACUGCCGGGAUAAAGCUUUGUGUAAAUAUGUACAUUUGAUUUUGUACAAAAUUAUACUGUAUAGAAAAUAAUAAUUUAACAAAAGAAAUUUUAAAUGGCAGACUGAAAGCAGGAAAAAAAACCCAUACUUUUUGGAGCUGUUUUACAACUUAUUUGCAAGGAACGGAACCUCGGUUUGGAGGAAAAUACUUUGGAGCACCAAAAGAAAGCACAUAUGAAUUGUUUAUUUUUGUGUUUUUAAAACAAAAAUCAUCACAGUCAGGGAAAUCCUCCUCCUCCCUGGUCUGUACAAACAGCUCGGCAGCAAGAUCACUUUCUAUUUACCAUGCAGAUAUAUCCCUUCCUCGAACACCAGUAAAUUACUGAUGGGCUGCAAUAUACUGACUGUACAUAUUCAAAACACUCAUGUAUUUUAUUUACCACUUUUCAGUGAGCUGCAAGUCUUUAUAACCAUGAAUUGCAGCACAUUUUCUGUUGAGCUAUUUUCUUUAUUGCCGUGCUUCGGGAUGCGUUAAUGAAGAUAAGAGCCUCUAUUGACUGCUGUGGUUGCAAAAUGCAAUAUUUAAUAAACUUUAUUCAAGCCAUGGAUGUGCCUUGGAA